UGCCGCUCUGAAAAGAUCAUGGGUCUCCUUCAGAGCUGUUUUGCCAGAAAUAACAAAGUGGGUGUCGCAAAAGAAGAGAUGGAGGCGUACGAGAAAGUACGGAAAACAAUGGUCACAGAGGAAGUGACAGAAAAGAAAGGUGGUGUGGCCUUUGAUCUUACAUUUGUCUCAGAGGAAACCCCAAAGAUGCCUCCACCCAAAUUGCUUGAAAACAAAAAGGAGGAUUUUGAGAAAUGGAAAGAGUCUCAAAAGAAGACCCAGGCCCAGAAACAGGAGCGGGCUCAACAGAACAGAGAGGAAGCCCGUAUCCAGAAAGAGAUCGAUGUCGCCCACAAGGAGAUGGAGAGGCUCGAGAAAUACGUCAACCUUACUGCAGAAUAAAUCUAAUCUGAAAUCUUAACAUUUUUUAAAGUUUUUGACCUGGAUAAAUGAUUUUAUAAUUUGUAAUUUUUACGCUGAUUGGAACCAAAGAGGGGACACCCGAGCUUAUUUUUUCAGUGUCGCAGUUUUUGGCUUUUAAUUGAUUCUCUUUCUUCUUUCGGAUUAUUUUUUUUUUUUAUGGAAUUUUCCAAGAUGUGGGCCUCUGAGACAGAUCUGAGGCUAGCAUUGCGGACGGAAUUUAUCUUUAUUCAAAAAUUUUACACGUCUCACGGAACUUUCGGCCCUGAGAAUACCCAUUCCGUCAGUAAUCAGGAAUGGGUAUUACCUUGGAACACCCAUCCCGCCAGUGAUCAGGGGUGGGGGUUCCUUGUCAAAAAAGAUCUAAAUUGUAAAUGAAACAUCCAUUCAGAGGUGUCCAAACGCUCCG